AUUACAGAGUGAAUCUGCAUUGAUUUUGAGACUUGCAAACACAUCGAUGAUGGAUUUCCAGGCGGUUCUGGGUGAUUUCAUUCAACUGUCAGCGAGGAGUGUUUUACUAUCGCUGCUAGUGUGUUUAAUGCUCAUGUUCUGGCGUCGAUCCGGGCCACGGCAGGUACCGGGUCCCUUCCCGUGGCCGGUCAUCGGUAACGCCGCUCAGCUCGGUACCUCACCUCACUUUUACUUCACCCGGAUGGCUCAGAAGUACGGCGACGUGUUUCAGAUCAAACUGGGCAGCCGGAACGUGGUGGUUCUCAACGGAGACGCAAUUAAAGAGGCGCUAAUUAAAAAAGGUGUCGAUUUCGCCGGCAGACCCGAUUUCGCUUCUUUCCGGUUCGUGUCCAAUGGGAAAAGCCUGGCGUUCGGUAACUACAGCCAGUGGUGGAAACUGCAUCGGAAGAUCGCACACAGCACCGUGAGAACUUUCUCCACAGCCAACAUCCACACCAAGCAGACUUUUGAGACGCACAUCGUGAGCGAGAUCGGAGAGCUCAUCCGCUUGUUUCUGAAUAAAACCCGCGAGCAGCAGUACUUCGAGCCUCACCGGUACGUGGUGGUGUCGGUGGCGAACACCAUGAGCGCCGUUUGCUUCGGGAACCGAUACGCGUAUGAUGAUGAGGAGUUCCUGCAGGUGGUGGGCAGAAACGAUCAGUUCACCAAGACAGUCGGAGCUGGAAGCAUCGUGGACGUGAUGCCCUGGCUUCAGUACUUCCCAAACCCAAUCAAAACUCUCUUUGACCAGUUUAAAAAACUCAACAAGGAGUUUAACGAGUUCAUUCAUUCCAAAGUGGCGGAGCACCGCAAGACUAUUUUACUGAGCCUCGUCCGUGACAUGACUGAUGCGUUCAUCGUUGCUCUGGAUAAAGGGCUCUCAAGGGGGCCGGGGGUCUUUCUGGAUCGAGAGUACGUGUCAUCGACCAUCUCAGAUAUUCCAUUUAAAUCACCAACCAAAUGUAAAAAUUAAGUUGAAAAUGUUGGUCUUCACUUACAUUGCAGGUAUCCAGAAGUCCAGAAACGUCUUCAGGAGGAUGUUGACAAAGUAGCGGAUCGCAGUCGCCUUCCAACCAUUGCAGACCAGCCUUAUCUUCCAUAUGUCAAGGCUUUCAUCUACGAAGUCAUGCGAUUCACCUCGUUCAUCCCUGUAACGAUUCCCCACAGCACAACCACAGACACGUCCGUCAAUGGUUAUCCCAUCCCUAAAGAUACCAUCAUUUUCAUCAACCAGUGGUCUUUGAACCAUGACCCGACCAAAUGGGACCAACCAGAGGAAUUCAACCCACAGCGCUUCCUGGAUGAGGAUGGAGCUCUCAACAAAGACUUAACCACCAACGUGCUGAUCUUCUCCGUGGGGAAGCGUAGAUGCAUUGGAGAAGACCUGUCCAAGAUACAGCUUUUCCUCUUCACCUCCUUGCUGGUCCAUCAGUGUAGUUUUACAGCAGAAAGGACUCCCGGCAUGGACUUUCUGUAUGGGCUCACGCUUAAACCCAAAGCCUUUAAAGUGUCUGUCACAUCCCGUGACAGCACAGAACUGCUGGAGAGCUUGGUAGGAACAUCUCAAACUCCUACAGAAAUGAGACAGAGACCUCAAGUUUGAAGUGAAAUCAAAGCACACAACUUAAAUACUUUGCCAAAUGAAGGUGGCUAAGAAAACAAACACUGAAGAAUCUCUAACAUAUGCAUUAUAUCAAUAUAUUUACUGACAUCAUACUCAGGCAAAAACUUUUUUUUGGCUCAGAAUGAGCUACAGGAAUAAAAAUGAUGCACUGAUUUAUGGUAUAUUGUGCAAGAGUAGAAAAGCAGAAGCUACACAACAGGACAUGGUUUAUUCAGAUAAAUAAAAGUUGGUUUCUAAGACUAGAAUUCUAAGAGACAUUUACAUGCAUCGCAUUAUUCAGUCAAGACGUUUGAUACUAAUUCUAGUUCUUCUAUAGCAAAUAUACAUUUAGUCUCAGCAUUUUUAAUGCCAACAUUUUA